AUGUUCAUUAUCGACAGUCUUAGUUUUUAUCGUCCUUUUUGGAUCUGCAUGCGAUUGCUGGUACCGACUUUCUUCAAGGAUUCCUCGCGUCCUGUCCAGCUGUAUGUGGUGUUGCUGCACAUCCUGGUCACCUUGUGGUUUCCACUGCACCUGCUGCUGCAUCUUCUGCUACUUCCAUCUACGGCUGACUUCUUCAAGAACCUGACCAUGUCUCUGACUUGUGUGGCCUGCAGUUUGAAGCACGUGGCCCACUUGUACCACUUGCCGCAGAUUGUGGAAAUCGAAUCACUGAUCGAGCAGUUAGACACAUUUAUUGCCAGCGAACAGGAGCAUCGCUACUAUCAGGAUCAUGUGCAUUGCCAUGCUAGACGCUUUACAAGAUGUCUCUAUAUCAGCUUUGGCAUGGUCUAUGCGGUUUUCCUGUUCGGCGUCUUCGUUCAGGUGAUUAGCGGAAAAUGGGAACUUCUCUAUCCAGCCUAUUUCCCAUUCGACUUGGAGAGCAAUCGCCUUCUCGGCGCAGUGGCCUUGGGUUAUCAGGUAUUCAGCAUGUUAGUUGAAGGCUUCCAGGCGCUGGGAAACGAUACCUACACCCCGCUGACAUUAUGCCUUCUGGCCGGACAUAUCCAUUUGUGGUCCAUACGCAUGGGUCAACUGGGAUACUUCGAGGAGGAGGCGGCGACGAAUCAUCAGCGUUUGCUGGAGUACAUUGAGCAGCAUAAACUCUUGGUGCGAUUCCACAACCUGGUGAGCCGGACCAUCAGCGAAGUGCAACUGGUGCAGCUGGGCGGAUGUGGAGCCACUCUGUGCAUCAUUGUCUCCUAUAUGCUCUUCUUUGUGGGCGACACCAUCUCGCUGGUCUACUACUUGGUUUUCUUCGGAGUGGUCUGCGUGCAGCUCUUUCCCAGCUGCUAUUUUGCCAGCGAAGUGGCCGAGGAGGUGGAACGGCUGCCAUAUGCGAUCUUCUCCAGCAGAUGGUACGAUCAAUCGCGGGAUCAUCGAUUCGAUUUGCUUAUCUUUACACAAUUAACACUGGGAAACCGGGGGUGGGUCAUCAAGGCAGGAGGUCUCAUCGAGCUGAAUUUGAAUGCCUUUUUCGCCACCCUGAAGAUGGCCUAUUCCCUCUUUGCCGUUGUGGUGCGGGCAAAGGGUAUAUAG